UGUGAGAAGCCAAACCAAAAUGGCUGUCGCGAAUCGAUAACCCUGUACUGUGGAAGUGCAUAAUUUUUAUUUGGAAAAGAUAGGAAAUAAACACCCAAAUCAAAUUGAACCGAACAACUACGUACAAGAUUCGAACUAGUUUGUUUUAACAGUGUAACUAAAGCGUAGAUGUGGCAUUUUGUGUUGAGUCUGUGAAUAUUACCAUAAAGUGUUUUUAUUGUCUUGGAAAUUUUUAUUGGUGAAACAUGUAACCGGUAGAGGCACAUCUAAAACCCGCAUCGAUGGACAGAAAGACCUGAGUAGUGGAACGUAGACCAUAGAGCGCUUCUAACCUACAAACUUAACCCCUUCGACGAGGCUCACGACCGGACAUGGCCGGUAGUCAGGGCGAAAUCAGGGUGGGUCCAGCCAGCCAGGUAAAAGACAUUUAUGCCAGACUGCCGGAAUACAGGCCGGGCGUGCCGCCGGAACAGCUCAGUCCCGAUCCGGAGGACAGCAUCACCAGGGAGGAGCUGAGAUGGGUGCCCGCGAUGACCCUGGAUACGGACCUGCUCAUGUACCUGCGGGCCGCCAGAUCCAUGGCCGCCUUCGCGGGCAUGUGCGACGGCGGCUGCCCGGAAGACGGCGCCAACGCCGCCUCCAGGGACGACACCACCAUCAACGCCUUGGACGUGUUACACGACGCAAACUAUGAUCCAGGCAGGGCCCUUCAGGCGUUGGUAAAAUGUCCCGUACCGAAGGGGGUCUACAAGAAGUGGAGCGAGGAGGAGACCAAGAGAUUCGUGAAGGGUCUGAGACAAUUCGGAAAGAAUUUUUUCAGGAUACGUAAAGACUUACUGCCACAUAGAGAUACGCCUGAACUAGUCGAAUUUUAUUACCUUUGGAAGAAAACGCCGGGGGCUAACAAUAACAGGCCGCACAGACGCAGAAGACAAGGCUCUCUAAGGAGGAUACGAAACACUAGAAAUAGCAGGGGAGCCAACAACUCCAACUCGAAUCGUAACGGUACUCCGGCAGAGACCGAAACCAGCAGACCAUCUCCAGGUCCUGGAAAAGAACCAGGAGAAACAAGCUCGGUGACCGAGGAUGACGACGAGGAGAACGACAGCGACAGUCGAGAUUCGCAGUACAGAUGCUCGCACUGUUUCACCACAAACUCUAAAGACUGGCAGCCAGGGGGAAGGGACAGGCAGAUCCUGUGCCUGGACUGCAGGACGCACUACAAGAAGACCAACGAACUACCGCCCGUCGCCAACCAGAACACCCUGGAAGACAUCAUAUCGACUGACAAUCCGGACGAGAGCCCGCAACGCAUGAGGACCAGGAACAAGGCGGCCAAGGAACAGUCGACGAGGAGCGGCACGCGACCCAAACGCGGCGGCACCGAAACCCCCGAACCCAAGACCCCGGUCAAGCAGGGUCCGAACAACGACAAGUCGUCCAACACCCCCAACAAGAAGAAACCCAAGCUGGAGACGCCGACCAAGAGCCGGAAGAGGGCGCACGAGAAGGAGGAGAACGAGGACGAGAACAAGGACCUGCUGUUCAAGAAGAAACGCGACAGGGCCGAGAGCCCUUCGAGCAACACUACAGGAUCGGGCUCGGGCGACGAGGCCGAGAACAACACCGAGCCGGACGAGAACAGCACGGAGAACAGUCUUCCGCCGGUCGCCAACGCUUCCAACAACAAUAAUAACAACUUACCGCCGGUCGAAGAGACCGCUCCGUCGAAGACCGUCGUCAAGGCUGAGAUCGUGGAUGUUGCGGCUGAAAAACCGACGGUGGUUCCUCCGGUAGUACAGGCGGCUACGGUACCCGUGAUCAUGUCCAGUAAAGCGCCGACGACGGAAAAUCCGAUGCCUUUGAACGUUUCCCUCAGGUUACCCGAGGAAAUCACCGACAUGAAACACCUGAUCAAGUGUACCAACGCUGCGGAAGAAGAAGCUAAAAAACAGAAUCCGGAGGUCAAAAAGGAAAGCUUCAAGGUGGAACCUAAGAUCGAGGAAGUGAAGGAAGAAGAAAAGGACCAAAACGUGGACAAAGUCAAAACGGAACUCAUCAUACCCAGGGUCAUAACCAUGGACAAGGGAAUCGUGCCGGAGGAUUUCGAAACAACCAUCACCACGCCCGCCACCACCAACGAACCACCACCGCAACAUAUCAUCUCUCUGAAGGACCACCUGAAAGAACCCAUCGGUUACUACGGCGAACCGACGCCCUUGAUCAACCACCACCAACAACCCAACCCGAAGGACAACAAGCAACACCCGUUGAACCUCAAAGAGCCGCAACCGAUGGACGCGCGACCGGAACCCAUAGUCGUCAACAUGAACCACGGGAACUACAUGCCGCCCGACCAGAUCAAACAGGAACCGCCCUCGUACGGCUUCCCUGGCACCCCGAAGGAGUCUACGAGCCAGGAGGCGGUCGUUCCACCACCACCUCCCCAGAACGCUAUAGGCAACGCGGUCAUCAAGAUCGAGCCUCGGGACGAGCCUAUGGAGCUGACUAACCAGCCGCAGCGGGACUUCCCCCGACCCCCGUCGAACGGUCAGCCGCUGAACAUACCGCAGGUGAUCCCCAUGGCCCAGUUCGGGGGCCAGAGGGACUACGAGGAGGAGACGCGGCGACAGGACAAGAUGGAGAGACCGGAAAGGUUGGACAGGCCGGAGAGGACGGAUCUGGGCGUGAACACGCCCAUCGGGCAACCGCCCUUGCCCAGCAUGAUGCACUCCAAUAACUUGGUCACCAUCGGGGGCGGAUCGCAGCAGAUGGGACAUUACGGUUACAUACAACCCGGCGUUCCCCUGGCCCUGGACAAGAACACGCCCGUCAUGUCGUCGUCCAAUCAGAACGAACCGCAGAACCUGAAGGUCAAGCAGGAGAUCCAGGAACCGCCGCCGAUGCAUCAGAAUCCCCAGCACGCGCCGCCGCCUAGUCACAUACAGCCCUUGCCCCCUUACAGCCAGAGCGGCAUGCCGCAACAGUCGACGUUACCGCCCACCUCGGCGGCCGCUAUCGUUACCAGCGGCAUGAGCCAGCAGUCUCAGCCGCCCUUCAUGCCGCCCCAUCCCACCCACAUCCCGCAGACGUCCGUCGUCGACCCCCUGCAGAGUCUGAAGGACGUCAAGGUGCCGGGCUACGUACCGCCCGGGUCUCAGGGCGGCGGCGACAGACCGCCGUCCGGGUCCACGCUCGACGUCAAGAAGGAACCGGACUUCGGGAUGCCCAUGACGAGCAGGGCCAGCCCGGCGCAGCAGGUGGGCGACAAGUGUCCCACCCCCAAGAACACCACGCCCACCCCGUUGGCGCAGGUGUCGCAGACGCCGCCCCUCAGACACGCCGGUACGAACUCGCCCCAUUCCGCGAUCAACCUGAUCAAUUCGAGCAACAACCCGCCCACCUCGUUACCGCAAUCGAUGCAUCCGCAACCGGGCGCCCCCUACCCCCCGCAACACUCGCACCCCCUCAUGCAUCCGUCGUUCCUGCACCCGAUGCACCCCUUCCACUCUCACCCCUACUCGCCUUAUCCGUUCUCGUACCCUUACCCGUACCCCGUACCUCAGCCGCCGCACGCCAUACCGCCCCCUUCGGGUAGGGUGGACGGUCCCCAGAAGAUAGACACCGUUAGCGCGACCUUGAUGUCGUCGCAACACAGCACCACCAGCACCCUGACCAGCAAGAAGGAGAUACGGGAACCGACAGAAAACGGCACGGAGAGGCAUCAGACGCACGAGAUGACCCUGACGCACAACCAGUCGACGUCGCACCACAGCUCGGUCCACGCCAGCUCCGAGAAACACAACUACGGCGGCUCGAGCCACUCGAUCACGAUAUCGCACUCGACGAGUACCAGUUCUAGUCAAUCGGUGCAGCACAAGGUCAACCAGAAGACGGUCAGGACGGGGUCGCCGCACACCCCCAUCUCCCAGACCACCACGGCCACCAUCAACCACUCGUCGUCGUCGUCCGGGGGCGGCAAUCACCAGCACACGCAUCACCACACCCAUCACCACGAGCGGUUGUCGCCCGGCGGCAAUCAGCUGCUCAGGCACGGGAUGCACCCCAAGCCGCCGCCCCAGGGCAACCUGCAGCACCUGAUGAUCCAGCCGCCCAGCUUGGGACACCACCCGGGUCCCUUGGGUCCACCUCAGUCGAUGGGCAGCAGCUCUCUGGAAGCCCUCAGGGCUCACGCGGCCCAAGCGGCGGCCAACAUGCAGCAGAACAUGCAGUCUAGUCCUUCGCCCCUGAGCCUGCCGCCCUCGAAACCGCCGCCGCCCGAAGAGGUCGUCAAGAUCGAACCCGACCCCGUACCUUCGCCCGAGGAGGAGGGCCAAUCCAGCCCCGUGGCGCCCUCUAGAGGACCCUCUCCCGAACCGAGGAUAGAGGACACCGAGUGCCAUAGGAGUCAGUCGGCGAUCUUCCUGCGCCACUGGAAUCGCGGCGAUUACAACUCGUGCACCAGGACGGACUUGACGUUCAAGCCGGUGCCCGACUCUAAGCUCGCGAGGAAGAGGGAGGAGCGGCUGCGCAAGCAGGCGGAACGCGAGAGGGAGGAGCGGGAGAAGGUGCAACAGGCGCAGGCGCGCAAGAUUGCGACGCCGGAGAAGCCGGACGUCAAACCGCCCUCCAGGGGGCCGCUGGAGACGGUGUCGUCGCCGUACGAGAGGUUCCAGAGGCCCGGGUUCCAGGACACCCCGGCGCUCAGGCAGCUCUCCGAGUACGCCAGACCGCAUGGCGGCUUCAGUCCAGGCCACAUGCAGAGGACGCUUCUGCCUCCCGCCCACGUGAUGGACCCGAUGCUCCAGUACCAGCUGAACAUGUACGGUCCGGCGGCGAGAGAGAGGCUCGAGCUGGAGCACCUGGAGAGGGAGAAGAGGGAGCGCGAGAUCCGAGAGCUCAGGGAGAGGGAGCUGAACGACAGGCUGAAGGAGGAACUGAUGAAGAGCGGCAUGAGGGGACCGCCCAACCCGAUGGACCCGCAUUGGUUGGAGAUACAGAGGAGAUACGCGGCCGGUCUAGCGGGUCCCACAGACUUUUUCGCAGGACCCGGAGGUAUACCGCUGCACCACUUCGCCCUCUACCCUGGGGCCGGAGCCAGCCCGCAGCUUUCCCAACUGGAAAGGGAGAGGUUAGAGCGGUUGGGCAUACCGCCCCCGGGCGCGCCCGGCGGUCCGCCCGGGGCUCCUCCCGGUCAUCCCCAUCACCCGGCGCAUCAGGCGCAGCUUGAAGCCGCGGAGAGGCUGGCCCUUGCCACCGAUCCGAUGGUUCGACUGCAGAUGGCGGGAAUAUCGCCGGAGUAUCACGCGCAUACGCACGCGCACACCCACGCUCACACGCACCUACACCUGCACCCGCAACAGCAACAGGCUCAGCAGGAAGCGGCGGCCGCGGCUGCAGGUUUUCCGUUACCAGGUUCUCCCUUUUUUCCUGAAAUGUUUAAUCGUGUUUCAGCCUCAGGCACCCCAGGUUAUCCCAGACCUGGUCUGAUGCACGGUAGGGACGGUCCGUUGGCACUCCACCAUCCGGACCUCCUGGGCAGGCCUUACGCCGAUCAGCUGGCUCAUCAGGCUGCUGCGCAUGAACAACUCCAAAGACAGAUGAUGUUGGAAAGAGAAAGAUUUCCACCUCAUCCAUCUAUCGUUGCGCAACAUGAGGAGUACUUGAGACAAAGAGAGAGAGAACUGAAAGUUAGAGCCUUAGAAGACGCGGCUAGAGGAUCUAGACCUUAAGGAGCUCCGUUUUCCCCAUCUGUGACAGGUGCUUUCCUCUAGUUCAAAAUUCCAACGUACACGCAAACAUUUACAUUGAAAUAUAAAGGACAAACCCGUUCGAAUACGUUUUGUAGUGAGUGGUUUAUUUAAAUUUGUGAACUGUGAGUGUUUAAUAUUUAUAAUUAUUGUAAAUUAAUAUUAUAUAUGGAAUCAGAAGGAGAAAAACUAUAGAGUAUCGUACAAAUGUAAAAAAAAGUGUAUACCGAAAGUUUUUUAAAAUUAUGUAUAUUUUUUACACCUUUGUAAA